AUGGAAAUCACUCUUCUCUCUUCCCCUUCCCCAAUCCAUCGUCGUCUUUACCUCCGCCACAGAGCAGCGAGAUUCUUCGCCGGACCCUCUUCCACCCUUUUGGGUACUCAUGGUCGAACAACAAGUUACAAGCACCCAAUUUUGAGGACUUCGUAUCAAGCUCCUCAAUUUAGCAUGCAAGGAAUCUCCAAGAAGCUUGAAAAUGUAUCAUGGUUAUUUGAUAGUCCUAAAUUGUUUAUUCGGAAUAAAUUCCGCAGAGAUGUAGUUGUGAGAUCUGAACUUACUUCAGCUGGGUCUGCUGAAGAUGGCUAUUUAUUACCCGAGCUGAAAGUGGAAUCUAAAGUCAGGGGAGCUUGCUUUUAUGUUGUCACAGCCUUCAGUGCCAUAUUUCUUUUUGUACUGAUGGUGGUUGGACAUCCAUUGGUGCUCUUGUUUGAUCGCUACCGAAGAAAGUUCCACCAUUUUAUUGCUAAAAUGUGGGCUGCACUGACUGUAGCGCCAUUUUUCAAAAUUGAAUUUGAGGGAUUGGAGAAUCUGCCUCCUCCAGAUACUCCUGCUGUGUAUGUUUCGAAUCAUCAGAGUUUUCUAGAUAUAUAUACUCUUCUUACGUUAGGAAGAAGCUUCAAGUUCAUUAGCAAGACUGGGAUAUUCCUCUUUCCAAUAAUUGGCUGGGCAAUGUUUCUUUUGGGCGUAAUUCCUUUGAAGCGCAUGGACAGCCGAAGCCAGCUGGACUGUCUUAAACGAUGCAUGGAUUUUAUCAAGAAAGGAGCCUCUGUUUUUUUCUUUCCAGAGGGUACACGCAGUAAAGAUGGCAAACUAGGCACAUUCAAGAAGGGUGCUUUCAGUGUAGCUGCAAAGACAAAUGCACCACUUGUACCUAUUACUCUUAUUGGAACUGGUCAAAUCAUGCCUGCCGGAAAGGAGGGUAUAGUGAACGUAGGUUCCGUAAAAGUGGUUAUACAUAAACCUAUUCUUGGAAAAGAACCUGACAUGUUAUGCAAAGAGGCUAGGAAGACAAUCGAAAGUGCACUGACUCAGAGCUGA